CUGAACGAGGUGUGGAGCUGCUCGUUGUGGGGUUUCUCUAUAAUGUGAUAGGGUCUUGCUAUAUGCCUUGCAGUAAUGUAUGUUGUGCAUGCGAUUUGGUAUACGGAUACAACUGAAUUGGAUUUCCUGUGAGCAAGCGAGGUGUGGCAGGUAAUCCCAGCAUUUAAUCCCAUUUAUGACAGCUCUGAUGUUUGAAUCAGAGCUGUCAUAAAUUAUAAUAAAGAGAUAAAAGAUUUAAUCUGAAACAGAGAGACGCUUCUACGUGAGCGCCCGCUGCCAGUCCCCUAAACCUGCCAGUGAGGAAAGUCAGCGUGCCACCUAGUCAGCAGUCCCAACCCCCACCCCUGAACACAUGUUCAGCAUCCUUAGCUGGGCAGCACUGAGACACAGCUGAGAAGCACAGAGAGAGGGAGGGAGAGAGCAGUGAAGUGGAAACAUGGGUGAGCGUCAGAGAAAGACAGAAAUAGAGCGAUAAAGCAGUGAAUUGGGCAGAGAGAGGAAGAGGAGGAGGAGGAGGAGGAAUAGAGCCAGUGUUCCACCGAGGCGAGACGGCGCUGCUUCGUGCAGACGAGGUCGUGUUCUCGUAGAAGAAAGCUGGCGUCGUGUGUGGAUGUGAGAAGCUCGUGGAUUUGCUCCCUUCGGAGUCUCUGUGGAAUUCAUCGCGUCCUGAACCUGAGCAGCUGCAGACAGAGGAUGCGACAGCGGCUGGAUGCUUGGAUCCAUGUGGGGCCUGUGACGUCUGCACCCCCCUCCGUGGCUGUCUUCCUCCCCCUGUAAGAAUGUCUCCGGCAGCCCUGACCCAGAUUGUGGAGUCGCGGCUCUUGGUUGCGCUGUGAACGUGAAUAUGCUCUUCUCCUGCCUCUGCCCACAUCUGUCUCCGUGGAUGCGCCCAGCCACUGGCACGCUACGCUGCAGAGACUGAUCCAUAAAAAAUAAUCCCCAGCUGGAGAGCAAACAACAUCUGGGCGUGGAGAGAAGGGAGAGGGACAAGUCUCAGCAGGGUUGGCAGCAGAUGGUGACACUGCAGCAGCACUUCUCCAGCAUGGAGGAGACGGUGCGGACACUUCUUCAGAACCAGGACUCACUGGAGGGCCCCAAGGUGGACCCACUGGACCUUAUGAAAGCAUACAAGGACAAACUCCUGGAGGAAAUGUGGAAGCAGCAGGACAGUUUAGAGGGUCCUACAGCCACAGCAGCAGAAAUGCCCACCUCGCCUGAGGCCAGCGGUGGAUCUGAAGAAAAUUCAAAGGACAGCAAUCCCCUGCUAGAGCGACUCAGAGCCCUUGAGGCUGAGAACUCGGCUCUGUCGAUUGAAAAUGACAAUCAGAGGAAGCAGUAUGAACGCUGUCUGGAUGAGGUGGCUAACCAGGUGGUUCAGGCCCUCCUCACACAGAAGGACCUGAAAGAAGAAUGUGUGAAGCUGCGGACCCGUGUGUUUGACCUGGAGCAGCAAAACCGCAUACUGAGUGUGCUGUUUCAACAACGUGUCAAAAUGUCCACGGUUCCUGUCUCCCAGGAGGUACAAAGAAAUGGAAAAGCAGGUAUUCCUGCAGGAAGAUGGCCUAGCCUGCUGAGCCUAACAUGCCCACGCAGCAGCGGUAGUGGCAGUGGCAGUGAAUUGUCAUUAUCCAGUGCUUGUAGUGAUCACUCCAGUGGCUCCCACACUUGGGCAGAAGGACGUGGCUUCUCAAAGCAGUGUGCCACAAGCCGGGACAAAAGGAUGAGUACAGGCUCAGUAUCCAGCAAUCAUUCAGCACCCUUGGAGCCGACAGAGCUGGGAUGGAAGGAAGGCCACAUUCUGAAAGGCCUAAAGCGUCUCCAAAUGUCUAGCUCAAAAGAAACUUCCGCAAAUGCAUCUGUACCAGACUGCAAAGACUGUAUGACCUCUAAUGAAGGCAUAUACUCACUUGGUGUAAAGUGUGGCCUGCAAGGGGCUACAGCUAAACAAGUAGCUCCUUUGAGUAAAUCUUUGAAGGCUGAAGAAAGGAUUGCUGUUCCUGACUCUGACGAUGCAGAUGAUGAGUCAUCUAAAUUACAAAGAGGGGACUCCAGUGAGCAACCAAUACAGGAGCUUCUGUGCUUAGAGAAACCGGAUGUCACAAAAAACGAUGAUGGCAAUUUGCUAGAAGACUCAGCAAAACUUAAUGGAAAUUCUGGUGUUUUUCCCUCACCAGUGACAGACAACAUCUCAUUUUUGGGGGGGCCCACAAUAAAACCUGGAUUAAGCCCAACAGAGAGCCUAAGAGAUGACAAGAAUAAAGAUUCACUUGAAAAACACAAAGCAUCAGACAUGAAAUCCAGUGACAGAAACAAUAACCAAGAAAAGUCUACUGACCGUAAAUCCAGACUUGAUCACGUCAAAAGACAACAGAGCAGACCUGCUAUCAAGCAAAUGGAUGGAGGAACAAGUGAUAUGAGCUCAUCUAUACCACAUACUGCAACCAGAGCUCUUAGCUGUGUGAAUGAUGCCAGACAGCGCAGCUCCUCAGUGGAGGUUGAUCAUUGCAGAGACAAGGCAAGUCAAGUAGGCAGUGAGACCCAGGACAUCUCAAUCUCAGAAUCUCCACAAAGGAAACUGAAAAUUCAGCCAUGGGAUUCAGCAAGAAAGGCUUUUAUUCUGAGGAGCAAGAGUGCAGAUGGAGGACCAGAGCAAGCUAAGCACACACAUUCACCUCUCCACCAAAAACUUAUAAAGGGUAACAGGUCCAAAGGACAGCCAAAUCCUGGUGGGCAUAGUGUUCCUAGUAAAAGAACAAAUCUUAGUAAAUCACAAGGAUCAAGCAAAGGUGCAUUAUCUAAAGUUGAGAACAAGGAGGAUAUUGUCGUAUCAACAAGUUCCAAGUCGCUUGAAAGUGUACAGCAGUUCUCUCCCCUUGCUUCCCCUGUGAAAUAUUCAACGACAUUUAAGACUCCAGGAAUCAAUGAAUGCUCUGAAAACCCAACAACAUUUUCUCUCCAAGCCACAAGAACUCAAUCAAGCAACAACUGUGUGGAAGAGAACAUAUAUGAUAACUUACCCUGCUCCCCACGAAAACAACGACGCCAAGACCAGCCCUGUGAUGUUUCCCUUUCAGAAUAUAGGUCCCCACCCCCUCCUUUACCCCCAGGUCGAACCACCUCUCUUCUUCUUAGACCCACUUGCGACUCUUUACCCGAAGCUCAUAAAUCUGUAGGUCAGUGCUCUACUACUGGGAAGACAACGUCAAGCAACACCAAGCCAAAAUCAUAUCAGCUUUGUUCUGCUUUACAGCCUCAACAAUCCAGUGCAACAAAAGACAAUCGACAAACAGCCCCACAAAUUGGUGCUGAAGGUAUCCCCGCUAAGCUCUACCAUACCCAUUCAUCCAAGACAACACAUGUCCAAGUUGAAGAAUCUCAAACUUCAGAGUCAAGACAGUUUCCAAUGGACAGAGCUGCCCCACACUAUGAUGAAAAUAUUGCACCCUCAAUCAUGCCAAAUCAGAGCAUCUUACAAAGAUCCCACCAGAGUAGUAGUGAGCCAAAACUUUCAGAAGUCUUGCCUCAGGUAUAUUCUAAUGUUUACUACCAUGGGAUUUCCAAUAAUUCUCACAGUUCCACUUCGAGAGGUGUUAGAAUGGCUCUCCCUGUAAAUGCUAAAUCGAAUGAGGCAAUCGCAGGACAGGAAACCAGUACCUUCCUCAUAUUCGGAAGACAGAACAAAGAUGAUACAAACUCGAUUACAAAAAGUGUCCAGACAUUUCAGACUUUUAUGUGUGAUCCCCAGAUGAAAUAUGACUGUGGUGCUCAUGACAGAACGCGCAGAAAGAUUGAAACCCGCUGUAACUCCCUGGACUCGGAGCCCUGCGCUCAACCUGUUGCAUCAGACAGUGGUGUGAUGUUAGACUGGGGUUUUGAUGAAGAAGGUUGGCUCUUUAAACGGUCAGUGUCAGUGUCAACCAGACCUCUCCUUAAACCAGUAAUGGGCAUGAAUGGGGCCAAGGCCCGUAGCCAGAGUUUCGGUGCACGCUACAUGGAUAGGCCAAGCUUCAACAGAUCUGGAAAGGUCCGGACACAGAUCAAAACACACUCAGGGAGUUCCUUAAAUUCUCUUGGUGAUGUCCUUCCAGGAAGUAUGAGUUGCUCUAACAGCUACCAUUGUCCAAUGAAUCGAUCCCUUUUGAACAACUUCUUGAUUGAAGAGGGUUUGACGGUUCCCUCAUAUUUGGGGUCCUCCAGUGAAAGACUCCAAAGCCUGAAACUCCAGCGAGAGCAGGCAAGGCGCAUUCAGAUUGAGCAACAGUUUUCAAGUGCUUUUGGUGAGCCAGUCUCUGAGGAACCAGAAAGACAAAGUUCAAUAACCACAAUCGAAGAGAAAGUGAUGCUCGGCAUAGAGGAGAACUUGCACAAGUGUCAAGAACAGGAGCGAACCAUAGAAGUGAAGCAAAAACCUGGUCCAACUCUGGCAAAUUGGUUUGGUUUUCGUAAAAGUAAGCUUCCUGCACCAAGCAGCAAGAAGACUGAUCCACCAAAAGUAAAAGAAGACAAGAGGGAGCAAAAGAUUACAUCACUUCUCGGAGGAAAGCAGGCAAAGUCUGACAAAAAGAGAGACAGAAGAAAAAGUGAUGGAAAAGACUGCUCCGUGGGUAGAAGAGAGUCUCACGAUGCAGUGAGAGCAUGCAUAUCAAUUCCCUGCCCAGGAAUGUCCCUGAAUGAGAUACAAGGACAUGCUGACGUCACUGGGGACCCAAAGAUACAGAUUAUGAGCGGGAGAGUUGAUGGUGAAAAUGGAUCCACUGUGAAGACCCCCAACCAGGCUGCAGUAAUAGGCUCCGGCUGUAAGAUGCGAACGUUGGACAGUGGGAUUGGGACCAUCCCUCUUCCUGAAUCCUGUUCCUUCUUCUCCUCCAUCCUGCACCUCCUCCCCAAAUCCUCAUCAACCCCAGACCAGUCCCUCAGUCCUCCCAGUGCCCCCGGUUCCUCCAGCGAGGACGUGUCUCCCUCCCCAUUACCCCGGUGGAGAAUACCCUCCAGCUUUAAGGACAGCAGCCAUGCAGGGGUUCUAAACUCCCUGUCUAACUCCUCUAUGACCCGUAUCCAGUCAGUGCCUUUCCCCACUGUGGCCUUCCUGCAGCCCAUCCAACCCCAGUGUUCACCUAUUGUGACCUCUGCCAGUGUGUGUGAUCCCCAGAGCAGGCUCCCCAGACCACCCCAAGGUGGAAUGGAACCAAAGAAGUUAACCUAUAUCAAGUCGAACACACGAGCCACCCCGAGCCAACAGAAAGAGCAGACGAGACUUCAGCUUGCCAACUAGUUCCUGAGGCUAAAGGAGACAAACUAGAAACUGGGAGUCGAAUUUUCACUUGGAUUUAUCACUUUAACUCACAUGGAGGAUCCUUAAUUCCCACAGUGUGGACACUGUGUCUGUGUAUGAGGAUGAAACGCUCACAACUUGGCACUGCAGGCUUCCACAUGUGCUUGGUGUUGAGUUGAGAUCCUCAGCAGCUUUCGAUGUGUAAUAAUGAAAACUUUGGCAGCCAUUUUGGAGAUCUGCAGCUCAUCGGCUUCAGCUUCUAAACGUUACAUUGACAUGGUUCAUUUUCUUUUCAUCUGACAACAUGCAAUUUUAAAUACAUGAAACAAUCACAUUUUAACUGCAAUGGUAGGUUAGUUUCUAUGUCUCUAUGCUACCUGAUGUAUCACUACCAACUUAUAAAUACAUCUGAGUUGCACAUAAGCUGAUGUAAGUGGCUGUGCACAUUAACUGACCUACAACAAUGAAGCUUUAAAUGUGCAGGUCUGAUCGUAAAAUCAACUUUGCAUGACCCUGACUUACUACAUGCAUCUACUGCAACACACAACUUUCAUUGUUAAAAACGUAUAUUCUCAUGUUAAAAUGUGUUCUCAUACUGUGUGACAGUAUGCAACUGGCACAGCAAUGCUGUUGCAACCCUGUCACCUUACAAAUUACAUAUAUAUAACUUACUUUGUCUGGCUAUUUUGGAGAAAUUAUUAAAGUGCUGAAUUGUGUAUUUCUUUUUACCAAAUAUGUUUUCCCAACAGUGUAAAGUCUAAUGAAGACUUUUUAAAAAAGAAACUUAAGACAACAUGGAUUUGAAGCUUUGUCCUUGGAAACUGUGGGACUUUCAUUACUAGACUGUCUAUUCUUCUGUAUUACACACACACACACACACACAUGUUGCUCACACAUACUAUAUGACCUUAUAAAGAUGUGUCAGCAAACCAUUCUCCACCUUCAUAUCCAGCAGUCACAGAGGAACAGUAGCUUCUCAUUGAUAUGUGUCAUCGAUUCUGACACAGAACAAUGUUCUCUCUGUUUUGGUCUCCAGAUGUUAAGAAACAGUGUCAGCUCUUUGACUUGCCGGAUGGACGACUGCAUCAACCAGCUGCUUGUAACUUUGUCCUUUGGUACAAGCAGCUGCGUUUUUGUUAAUGAUGCUAGACCACUGUUUAAAAGUGGUUGUUACAUCACAUUGUCACUUGACUACAUUCGAUUAAAAACCUUUGUUUAAUGCAGGUUUACAUGAUAAUUUACAAGCACAGACAGUUUGCUACCAGACCUCUCUAAUGGCGCCAGCUGUGGAGACUAGGGACUCCACUAAAACCCUGCAGGGUAUGUAGCUCAUUCAUUUACAGUUUUCAGCCACAUGUGAAGUUCUAGUCUCGAAUAAUUCUGUCACUGAUAUGUUUUGGAGCAAAGCAGCAGAUGGAAACUUUUAAUGUUAAGAUUACAAACUAUGCUUUCCUGAAAAUAUCCAGAGCUAUCUUAUGUACAGCACUUACUACUGAUUUCCAUUCAGGAGUUCUGCACCUGGCUGCGUAUUAUGACUCCUUUAAGUCUGCACUAACUUGUUGAAAGCUUUUUUUAUUGUCACAUUGUUUAUAUCAACUUGCAUGCAACCGCCCUCUGGAUUAUUCAAACCUACAAAUGCAUCAUAUGAAUCUGAUGUCCAUCAUCAUAUGCAUCAGAGUUUCUUCACAAGAGGUUGAAUAAACUGACGUGUUAAAUGUGAUGUGCACUGUUAAAUAUUUAUGUAAUAAGACACAAUAUCAUCUAAUGUGAGACCAGCUUUCACACCUGCACCUUGAUAUUUUGAAAAAAUCUCCUCUUAAAAUGAAACUUCAUAUGUGCACUAUAUUCAGCUUUUUUUCUCACAUUUUUCCACAGUUAUGACAUCGAGACCGACCUGUUGGUUUUGCAUUUAACGUUGGCUUUAAAGCACCUAGUAGGCACAUAGUGGACGCUGUUGUGCUCGCUCAGGGAAAAAACUAACAACGAGUGUCUAGGAUAGAUGCUGUGGAUUAACACAUACAAUCAUUUCACUGCAACCAUCAGAUUUCACUGUGGUUGAAGAUAUUUACUCGUCCUCUUGUCUGUUUUUGUCUGUACACUGACCUGUUACAUAUCGCACCACGGUUGCUCAGUUUUCUCUCUCUUAUGUAUGCUGUGCCCUUUAUAGUAAUGUUUUCAGUGUCAUGAAUGCAUCUAAACAUAUUUGACAGUCAUAGCUACUUUACUAUGUUUCCCUCUCACACCUUUGUCAGCUCCCAACCCUUCAUGUGUAGAUAUUUGUGAAAAUGCAUAUUGCCAAACACUGCUCUGAGCUAAUCGCGUAUACAGAAAAUGAAUGCAACUAAAUCUACAUAUCAGACUUAUCAUGGUGAUUAUAGCCAUAUUCUUCAACACACUAGAGACAGUUUACAUGUGAUGUAGAACUAUAAAGCACUGUAACAUUGCACAAUGCCAUUAGUCAUGCCAUCUUACUGUAUUAACCUCUUCUUUAAACUGCUUCAUGUAUAUGUGAGGUAAUAUUUGUAAAAUAGCAGUAGUGUUGACGCCAAUUGAAGCACACAGGCCUAUUAAAUUAUAUAUGUAGCGUGCACAGGUGAUACAAGGUUUAAUGGAUCAGGGAACAGAUUGGCUGCACCGAUACGGGUAGAUGGAGCAUGAUGUCUGUGUUUUUAAAGUGGCUCAUAUAAUGAAGAGCAUUACUCUCAAAAGAGUAUUGUAUUUUUCUACAUGUACUCUAACGCCCUGUAUUUGUACUAAGCACUGAAGAGUGUAAUUUAACCAUUUAGUGCACAUAAUGUUACUCACUCUAACAGUAAUUCUCCCCCUAAAUGUUUUUUUCAGUACCCUAUAUGAAGUUCCUGUGUGACGGUCACCUUAGCAGUAUGAAUUGAGAACUGUAUAUUACUGAUAUUCCUUGUUUUAUGUCAAAAAAGAAAGAGAAAUAAACCAUUUCAAUACUUACAAUACA